AUGCCUGCGCCAGGCGAUCAGCACAAGGCGUAUGCCAACCCAUACGAAGAGACGAAGCCCCGAAUCUCAGAAUGGACUGCCAAAGACAUUGCCACGAUAUCGGUGCGCCUCGAUAAGCAGCUCGGCCCCGAAUACAUCUCCUCGCGUGCCGGCCCUGGCGGCUCCCGCGUGCACUACUUAACCGCCGAGAAAUGCAUCGGCCUGGCCAACGAGGUCUUUGGCUUCAACGGAUGGUCUUCGUCCAUUCAAAACAUACAGGUCGACUUUGCCGACGAAAAUCCCCAAACGCAGCGUGUCAGCAUCGGACUGAGCGUCAUUGUGCGCAUCACGCUGCGGGACGGCACGUACCAUGAAGAUAUCGGCUACGGUUCCAUCGAGAAUGCGCGCGGCAAGGCCAUGGCCUUUGAAAAGGCCAAGAAGGAAGGCACCACGGAUGCGCUGAAGCGCACGCUGCGCAGCUUUGGCAACGUCCUGGGCAACUGCAUUUACGACCAGGACUACGUCAAGCAGGUGACUAAGCUCAAAGCACAGCCGGCCAGAAAGUUUGACCAGGUUAAUCUACAUCGGCAUCCGGACUUUGUCAAGAAAGAUGCGCCGGUCACAUAUGCUGUGCCGGAAGCUGCGACGGCCGCGUCCGGGUCAAGUAACAACUCUGGCCCGUCAUUUGCGUCAGCGGCCGCGGCAGCUAAAGCAGAAGCCUCAGAGUCAUUUGAGGACUUUCUCGGCGAUUUUGACGAGGCAGAUUUCAACGUGUCGGAAGAGGGCCAUCCCGAUGAAGUUGUAGUGCCAGUUCCAGCUGCUCCUGCAGGCCCGCAGACAAGACAGCAGCAACAUCAGCAGUCCGCCAACAAGGCAGCGCAUCCAUCCAAUCAACGCCCACAACCACCCCAAACCCCCAAACCCCAACAUCAAAUACAGAUGACAGGUAGCGGUGCUCCUGCAGCUCCUUCAGCUCCUGCAGCUGGGCCACCAGAGGGCGGGGAACCGGUAGCUGCAUUCUUUUCGGCACGUGCCGUUGCGACGGACACGAACCAGGGCCCGACCAUUCCGCAAAAUAAGCAGGCGCUCUUCAACCCAAAGGCAGAAAGCCCCUCGAUUCGAAAGACGCCAGGCAUUGAUCAUUCGUCAUCGAAACCCCUGACACGCUCCGGUCAGCAUGUCCCACCACCGAGCCAAACAGCAGAACCGUCCGCUGCCACUCCUAGUCGGCCGUCGGCAGCGGGAGGACCACAGGGCGGUGCUUUGGGAACUUCCGCCGCCGCUGGCGCUGGCGGACGGGCCUCGAAGGGACAGGCCGUCAACCCGGGCCUGGACCACGCGCGCAGGAUUGGAGCGCCAGGUGGCCCUGCAAGUCCACUGGCGAAUAGGAACUCGUACAAGCCACCGACGAUGAAACGGCCGCUGGGACAAGGCGAGGGCAACGCGCCGCGGGUGCCGUUGAGUGAAAUUCCUCCCAAUGGACCGGUGGGGGCUUCUGCCGAUGGUAUCGACACGAAACGGCAGAAAAUGGCAUAA